AUGGGAACCGGCGUGAUCUUCGUUGAGUCCCUAGCACUUGGACAGAGUAGUAACGUCUUUACCGGCAAAUUUACCGGCAGUUUAGGCAUGGAAUUCGCUAAAGAAGAUGCACAGAUCGAGUUUGAGGCUAAGAUGGAGGCAGUGCAGAAUGAGUCUGGAAAUCAGGUUAGGGAUGUGAGCGAGAACAUAGGAUCGGGAUCAUGGCAAUGGGUGUCAUACCAUGUGAAAAUCAUAAACCAAACUAUUGGUGACGAAGAGUUAGAUCCCGAGGAGGGAAUGUGCUUCGGCACAUUAGAAGAUGUGUGUGCAUAUUAUUACCGAUAUAAGGUAAGGACUGGUUUUGUCGUCAAAAUAAGAACCACCAGCUGGGAGACUAAAAACGGUCAGAAGGUGGUUGUUAAUCAGGCUUUGUAUUGUAACAGAGAUGGAUACUGUAUAUUCCAUAUAAAGGCACCCAAGAGAAGAAAAACAGUGGCCUCAACAAACUGCAAAGCCUGUUGCUAUUUAGCAUUAGAUAAGAUGACAGGGCAGUGGAAGAUUUCUCGAGUAGAGGUAUCCCACUCACACCCGCUUACUCCGAAGCUAUCUGGAAUAUUCUUAGCAAACCGCCAGCUAAGUAUGCAUGUGAAGGACCUGAUACAGCAAAACAACCAAGCUAGCAUUAGACCAAGUAAGACAUACCAAGCACUAGCCAAUGCCACCGGUGGCCCUGUCAACCUCACCUUUACAGAAAAGGAUGUUAGAAAUUACAUUAGUUGUUACUUACGCAUUUCCGAGGAUGAGACGGAUCCAAAAGAGUUACUUAAGCACUUCUCACGGAUGAAGGAGCUCAAUCUGAACUUUUUCUUUGAAAUAGAUGUGGACAAAAACCAUAGCCUUAGAAAUUUGUUUUGGGCCGAUGCUCGGUGUAGAGAUGCAUGGGAAUAUUUUGGUGAUGUCGUGACGUAUGACAUGUCGUUCGAGUCUUUCAUAGGUGUCAACUACCUGGGAUGUCUACGCUUCUUGGGUGCGCAUUAUUGCGGAAUGAGGAGACUCAUAUGUUUGCUGACCAACACAUGUGGAUGCCAGUAUUUUUCAAGGACAAAUUCUAAACUGGCAUGA